GAGUUGAACCGAAGCCAUGGAGAGCCGCAGCGUGGAGGAGCUUCUUGCAAAGGCAGAGCAGGAAGAGGCAGAAAAGUUUCAGCGCAUCACGGUGCAUAAAGAACUGGAGCUGGAGUUCGAUUUAGGCAAUUUGUUGGCUUCCGACCGGAACCCCCCUACAGGACUUCGGUGCGCCGGACCCGCGCUGGAGGCCGAGCUGCAGAAGCUGGCGCGGGACAAUACGCAGCUCCUCAUCAACCAGCUGUGGCAGCUGCCCACGGAGCGCGUGGAGGAGGCGGUCGUGGCCCAGCUGCCGGAGCCUGCCACCCGCCUGCCGCGCGAGAAACCGGUGCCCCGGCCGCGGCCGCUUACGCGCUGGCAGCAGUUCGCGCGCCUCAAAGGCAUCCGGCCCAAGAAGAAGACCAAUCUGGUGUGGGAUGAGGUGAGCGGUCAGUGGCGCCGCCGGUGGGGCUACCAGCGUGCCCGCGACGACACCAAGGAGUGGCUGAUCGAGGUCCCCGUCAGCGCCGACCCCAUGGAGGACCAGUUCGCCAAGCGGGUUCAGGCUAAGAAGGAGCGGGUGGCCAAAAACGAGCUGAACCGGCUGCGUAACCUGGCCCGUGCACACAAGCUGCAGCUGCCCAGUGCGGCCGGCAUGCACCCCACUGGACAUCAGAGCAAGGAGGAGCUGGGUCGCGCCAUGGAGGUGGCCAAAGUUUCCACCGCUUCCGUGGGACGUUUCCAGGAGCGCCUGCCCAAGGAGAAGGCUCCUCGGGGUUCCGGCAAGAAGAGGAAGUUUCAGCCUGUCUUUGGGGACUUUGCAGCCGAGAAAACGAGCCAGUUGGAGCUGCUGCGAGUCAUGAACAGCAGAAAGCCUCAGCUGGACGUGACGAGGGCCACUAAUAAGCAGAUGAGGGAGGAGGACCAGGAGGAGGCCGCCAAGAGGAGAAAAAUGAGCCAAAGGGGCAAGAGAAAGGGGGGGCGGCAAGGACCUGGGGGCAAGAGGAAAGGAGGUCCUCCCAGCCAGGGAGGAAAGAGAAAAGGGGGCCUAGGAGGCAAGAUGAAUUCCGGGCCACCUGGUUUGAGUGGCAAGAGGAAAGGAGGGCAGCGCCAGGGAGGAAAGAGGCGGAAUUAAUAAUUUCACCCUCGGAUUUGAGCUGCUCACCAAGAACUGUAUGCUGCACGUGAG